CGGGGCCUGGCUGCGCUGCGCUGCGAGCGCCGCGGAGGCAGGAAGGUCCCCAAGAUGGCGAUGCUGGCGGAGCGUCGUAGAAAGCAAAAGUGGUCUGUAGACCCUCAAAACAGCGCUUGGAGUAAAGAUGAUUCUAAAUUUGGCCAGAAGAUGCUGGAGAAGAUGGGCUGGACCAAAGGAAAGGGUCUUGGGGCUCAGGAACAAGGAAAUACAGAACAUAUUAAGGUUCGAGUGAAAAACAACAUGCUGGGAGUAGGAGCAACCAUCAGUCAUGAGGACAACUGGAUUGCUCAUCAGGAUGACUUCAACCAGCUUCUGGCUGAACUGAAUGAUUGCCAUGGACAGGGUGAAACAGAGUCCUCAUUGAAGAAUCAGAAGAAGAAAUUCAGCCUCGAAGAGAAAUCCAAAUCUUCCAAGAAGCGUGUUCAUUAUAUGAAGUUUGCAAAAGGCAAGGAUCUCUCUUUGCACAGUGAAGAUGAUCUGUCCUGCAUAUUUGGGAAGCGACAGAAGAGUGUGAAGGUACAGAAUUUCCUUCCUCCAUCCAGCUGUGUUUCCUGAUGAAGCCUUAUCACUGGAGAAAAUGCUUCUGAGUGAGACUGAGGA